AUGGCCGCCGAACGGUCCAAACUUACUGUUUUACUGAAUGUCAUACUAUUCGCCAUGGUGGUGUUGGUGUACUCCGGUUUUUCAACGGAAGUUAAGGUCAGACUCGCGUUCAAGAAGACUUACCCCGAACCUGCGACUAAAUCUUUCAUCGAGGGUUUCCUAUCUACUCUUGGUAUUGGUGAAGCCGUGCACAUAUUUGCCUUCCUACUGUACUACACAGUCCGCAAAGAUUGCUUGAUCACGCGAGUGGUGGUAGACGAACUUUCUGUUAUGGUGGGAUGUGUCUUAUUGGGCAUACUUUCAUUGAAGAUUGAUCCCUAUCCCGCCGGUGUAGUUGUAGGAUUCUCCGUCGUUGUGGGUGCAUACAGUAUUUACAUGAUGAUUCGUAGAGUGGUGGCAGUGCUUCGCAUGAGGAAUGAGAAGAUCCGUCCGGAGGUAAAGAUUGGCGCCUGA